AUGGCCGAAGAAGCAGAGUGCAGCCAGGCUACGAUUAUAAAUAUUCGCGCAAACUUGCGACAAUUUGGUAGUGUGCACGCACCCCCAACUCGAAUAGGACGGAGACGGACUGUAACACCACUGAUGAUCGAAGCCCUCUGCGAACACCUGUCUGAAAAGCCCGGUUUAUACCUCGAUGAGAUGGCUGUUUUCCUCUGGGAUGAAUUCCGCACCCUAGUCACAACCUCCAGCAUCAGACGAGCCCUUGUUGCCAAAAGUUGGUCUAAAAAGAGCACUCGGCAGCAAGCGAGGGAGCGAAAUGCCGAUUUGCGAGAAUGGUAUCUGUAUAAUUUAUCGGAUUUUCAGUCGUAUCAGCUGGUUUACGUUGAUGAAUCCGGAUGUGAUAAAAGGGUUGGAUUCAGACGGACAGGCUGGUCACCACUUGGCUUUGAUGCCUUUCUUGGAUGGUGUAUUGAUGUGGUCGGUGCAAAAGAAGAGAGUGCUAGAGGUCAUUUUCGGCACGCAGGCUUGAAAAUCGAAGAAGCCUUAAAAGAUUGUUAG